CGGUGUUGCUGUGAAAUCCGGCGACGUCGCUAUUAUUGUACGUGGAGGAUUUGCGGGUAACGCGUGGCGGAUAGAAAGCGGAUUUGUCAGUAGUUUAGCUCUGGAGUGGUUACGUUGCAUCGGUCAGUAGUCAGUUAACUUUUGUGAAAAAACAAAUUUAUAAGUGAAAAAACAUCAUGAAGAACCAAGUUAAACAAGGAUUCACAAAGGAAGAAGAGCUGUUGCUUCAAGAUUUUAGCAGAAAUGUAUCGACGAAAUCCUCAGCUUUAUUUUACGGUAACGCUUUUAUAGUCUCGGCUGUGCCAAUAUGGUUAUUCUGGAGAAUACAUAUGAUGGAUAUCUACUCCUCCUUAUUGCUGUUUGUUGUUGUAACCUCUAUUUCCACAUACCUUAUGGCUCUGGCAUACCGUAACACGAAAUUCUCCUUAAAACAUAAAAUUGCCGUGAAACGUGAAGAAGCUGUCACCAAAGAUGUCACCAAGAAACUGGCUGAUGACAAGAAAAUGAGCAAGAAGGAAAAAGAUGAAAGAAUCUUGUGGCAAAAAAAUGAAGUAGCCGACUUUGAAGCCACAACUUUCUCCAUCUUCUACAACAAUGCCUUAUUUUUGGCCAUCGUCAUUUUCGUCAGCUUCUCAAUCCUGAGAACCUUCUCACCCACUGUCAACUACACUUUGUCCAUUGGUGCUACAUCUGGACUCCUUGCCUUAACAUCAACUGGCUCUCAGUAACUUUUCUAAAUACAUUGUUUUUAAUGUCAUUGUCAUCCAAUUUUUAUAAUUUAUUUUGUUAAAUAAAAAAUCUUUUGUAUAAAUAUUGUUUUUACUAGGUAUACAAAACCCA